CUGGCCCUCCGGGAUCAGAACCUUUCACUGUCUUUUACUAAAACCAAAGAGAUCAAGUUCCUCCACUCUUUCCUCAGACCUCCUACCCUUGAGACCUAGAAUGAGUCUUUUUGGAAAUUCCUACCCAGUCCUUGAUCUGUGUAGUGAAUCAAAAGAGGCCAAACACCAUCAGCACAAUCCCUCCUGACCAUUAGUAUGCAAUAUUAGCACUCUUGACCCAAAGAUGACACAGGCCUGGCCGGGCCAAUGAACACCAGCAAGCAGCAGGACGUUUUCUCACACAUGCUGGGAAGAGGCUUUAGAUGUGUGGUGCACCUUUAAAGCCGGGAAUCCAGCAAAUCCAGAGCAUCCUGGAGAAGUGGUGGAACCAGUCUCUCGGGGUGGAGCAGCUGGGGGGUGUGUGAGUAGAAAGGUUUGGUUUGACCUGAUUCCUGCAGUGACUCACUGCUGAGAGGCACAGGCACACCAGGUCCAGCGUGUCUGAGAGGCUCUCCUGCACGCCACUGCUGCUGGAGCUGUUGGUGUUUUUGGGGGGUGAGGGGGGUAAGGAUAUUCCCAUCUUCCGUACGGGCUGAGUGACAAGUUGGCCAUAGAUUUCUGCUGUUUAGUCGUGAGGAAGAGGACAUGCACCCGGAGGGCCUCAACUACAUUCUCUCUGCUGCUUCCCGCCCCAGCUCUCUCUGAGCUUACACCAUCUUUAACCUUUGACCUCUAGUCUUAAACAUUUAACCUUUGACCUCUAAUCACAAACCACAAACAUUUAGCAUUCGACCUUUAGCCUUUGACCUUGAUCUUUGGCUUUUGAUCUUUGACCCUUCAACCCACCCCGGCUGCCCCUGUUCAAGAUGGCAGAGGCCCUGUGCAGCGAGCAGGAGCUGACCUGCUCGAUCUGCCUGGACAUCUUCACCGACCCCGUCUCCACGCCCUGCGGCCACAACUUCUGCCAGCUGUGCAUCGGGGGCUACUGGGACACCAGCGAGGUCGACAAGUGCUGCUGCCCCCUCUGCAAGCGCAGCUUCCCGCGCCGCCCCGAGCUCAACAUCAACCGCAUCUUCGCCCAGAUCGCCGAGACCUACAAGGAGUCGAGGGCGGGGGAGGACGACGCAUGGGGAGGCAAACGCGCCCAGCCGGGGGAGAUCGCCUGCGACGUGUGCCUGGGCGGGAGGCGGCGAGCCGUGCGCUCCUGCCUGACCUGCAUGGCCUCCUACUGCGAGGCCCACAUCCAGCAGCACCUCCAGGGGGCGCCCUUCUCCCACCACCAGCUGCGGGAGCCCCAGGUGGCCUUCCAGGGCCGCAUGUGCACGAUCCACCACAAGCUCCUGGACGUGUACUGCCGCACGGACCAGGUCUGCGUGUGCGCCAGAUGCGCCCAGGCCGAGCACCGCAAGCACAGGACAGUGUCCGUCCAGGUGGAGAGGAGCAGCAAGCAGAAGCUGCUUGGGAAGAUGGGCUUGGAGCUGCGGAAGGGCAUUGAGCUCCGGGGUCUCAAGCUGUCGGAGCUGCAGAGCACGAUGGAGUCCCUCAGAAGCCUGGCCCAGCGGGAGAAGGCACAGUGCGAGGAGGUACUGGCGGAGGUGAUCCGGUCAGCAGAGCGGAUCCGGGAGGAGCUGGUCGCCGGGAUCAACCAGAAGCAGGAGGCUAUGGAGAGCAGGGGGGAGGAGAUGGUCAGACAGCUGGGCAACGAGAUGACCGAGCUCAAUAAUCGGCACAACACCCUGGAGCACCUGUCCACCUCCGAGGACCACAUCAGCUUUCUGCAGGGCUUCCAGGAGGCCAGCAGGCCCAUUCAGACAGAGGACACGUCCAGCCUGAGCCUGGAGAUGCAUUUCCACCUGGAGGAGGUGAAGAGAGCCCUGGGCGACGUGAGAGAGAGGCUGGACGACAUCCGGAUGGGCGAGGUCCGGCCCCGGCGGUCUGGUUCUCUCUCUCACAGCGAGAGCACGAUGAGUCUACGAGGGAUGAGGAGGAGUCAGUGGUCCCUGAAAGAUCUCACCAGGAUUCGACCAGGCUCCGGCAUCAAGAGGAUCCGCUCCUACACGGACGACAUCACCCUGAACCCGGUGACGGCCUACCCCUUCCUCAUCCUGUCGGAGGACCGCAAGCAGGUGAAGAGAGGCGAGAAGCUGCAGCACUACCGCAACAGCUCCCAGCGCUACGACGUGCUGUCCUGCGUGCUGGGCAAGGAGGGCUUCACCUCCGGGAGGCACUACUGGGAGGUGGCGGUGAGCGACAACACGGACUGGAAGCUGGGGGCGGUGCGGGAGUCGGCCCCCCGCAAGGGGCUGUUCGACAUGAGCCCACUCACGGGCUACUGGGCCCUCUGGUGGUGCGGGUCCCACCUGCGCGCCCUGACCAGCCCUGCCGCCUCCAAGGUGAAGUACUCGCUGAAGCUGAAGAAGGUGGGCGUGUUCGUGGACUACGAGGAAGGCCAGGUCUCCUUCUACAACGCCAAGACCGGCUCGGAGAUCUACACCUUCACCGACAGCUUCUCCGAGCGGCUGUACCCGCUGCUGGGCACCGGGGACAAGGAGGUGCCCCUGGUGCUCUGCUCUCUGCUCACCAUCGCCGAGUGAGCCGGGGAGGAAACAGACUCCAGGACUCGCUCCCACCGGGAGCCACGCUGGCCUGCAUCCAUCGCUACAGGAACGCCGCAGCACGGGAUCGAUAAUCAACACGGCUCCCCACAGGACAGGGCCGAGAGGAAGUACAACACGAAACACCAGCCGUCCCCUCUCCCCACUCAGCUUGGACCCCGCAGGACAGCGCCUGUGCUUCAUCGCUGCCCCCUGCUGGACCGUCUCCUGAAUUACAUCUCUCUCAGCCAAGCUACAUUCGGCCGAGGAGUCACACUGCUGUGAAACGCUAACGGCUAAAAGUCAAAGUCACAAAAACAAAGUAAAUAUGAAUAUCACACUGAAUAUCAAGAUAAAAAAGAUCUUACUGACUCUUACAAUGAUGUAGUGUACAUAUGCACAUCGACUGAAGAUUAACAAUGCAUUUGACCUACUCUGGAUUUUUCAUUUCAGCUGCACCUCUUUCUGCUGUGAGAGUAAGAGAACAUGCAGCGUGUGGUCAGACCAGACUGCUUACCGUUAAUGCCCUCAGAGUGCUGAGGCCUGGCUGUUAUGCUAUUUCACUCCCUCUCUUAGGCAACAGUGUUACAUGAAAGGAACAGCAAUUAAUUUGAAUUGGCUACAUUACUCUAUGUAGCCAAUGAAUUGUAGCUCUAUGACUUGGCUACAUUACUCUGCUCUCCUCCCCACUGAUAUCUGGUGUGUGGUGAGC